AUGAACGCAUUUGGAAAUGUUAACCAAUUAGGUUCUAUGGCUCAGGAGUUUCAAACUCAGAAUAAGGCAAAGGUUAGCGUUAGGGGUUGGCAAAACGCAACACAACAAGACCUGUUAAACUUCGUUACUAGAAAAACCAGGAUUGCAAUUCAAAACUCCUAUGUGCAGGGAGAUUUGGUAAUUGGAUAUGUUAAUAAACAUGAGGUGCAACCGCUUUUGAAGUUUAAUGGGAUUCGAUUUGCUGGUAAUGCUUUGAAAUUUGAAGAUAUGGAGGGUGUUGGAAAUACAUCUACAUCCAAUACAAUAUCUUUACUGAGGAAUUUUCUGUUUAAGAGAUAUAAUGCUCAAACUAGGAUGUUAGAUUUGGGGAAUAUGUACCAUGACCCGGAUUUAAUUCAAAAUGGGUUGGUCUCUAAUACUUCUACACAGUCGAAGAUGUUUUUGGCUUUGAUGAAGCUUGCGUCCAACGAAAAGCAGCUAUUUGUGGAGUCUGUGAACUUGUCUAAUAAUAAUCUUAAGGACGUGGAUGGUAUUUCGACACUUGCGCAAACGUUUCCUGGAUUAAAAAAUCUAUGUCUAGCGAACAACCAGAUUUCGAGGUUCCAAUCACUUAAUGUAUGGAAAAACAAAUUUAAGGAAUUGAGAGAACUGCUGAUGAUGAAUAACCCCAUUGCGAAUGAUCCAGAGUAUCGUAGAGAGCUGCUGAGGAUCUUUCCAAAAAUGGUCAUUUUAGAUAGCGCGGUUGUGCGUGAUGAGAACAAGUUGAAUGCGAUAUACACCUUUCCGAUGCAACUGCAGCAGUUUUUCUUUGAGGAGAGCAACUUGGGUUCAUCUGCAAUUGAUUUUGUUACGAAUUUUCUCAGGCUGUGGGAUACUGAUCGAGCACAACUAAUGGGUUUGUAUACUCCACAGUCGCAGUUUUCUAUUAGCGUAGACUCCUCUGUUCCUGCGACCACCGUCCAAGACUGCGACCAAUCUCCCUCAUUUGGACACUACCUAUCGUUUUCGCGAAAUAUAACUAAGGUCUCCAGUGAGAAGUCGAAACAGGAGCGGCUUGGUAUGGGUCUUGAGUCAAUUCAUAAACUAUUCAAGUCAAUUCCCGGUACAAAACAUUUUCUUCAAGAACAGCCUGACAAUUACUCAUUACAAACAUGGUCCUACCCUCCUGUAGGUGGCUUUGUUAUUAUCCUGCAUGGAUUCUUUGAGGAAGUGUCCAAACCAGAGGUAGACAAUGCCAAAUCAUAUGGUUCAAACAGCAGGAAUAGGCGGUAUAAUCACGGCUAUCAAAGCAAUUCACAGAGCAAACUCUCGAAAAAAUCAUUUGAUAGAACCUGGGUUAUCGUACCUAAUCAAGGCAGCGUCAUUAUUGCAUCUGAUCUUUUGACUAUCAGAUCAUAUGUUUUGGGUGCAUGGACAAAGAAAUCCGCUCCUCAACCACCAGCGAUCGAACAGCAACCUCCUACAAUGCAACCAAUGGAUGCACCUAAAAUCACACCAGUUCUGACACAGCCUUUGGGAACAGCAAUGCAGCCUCAAAGUGACGCGCAAGCAAAGUUCCAAAUGGAAUUCCUCAAUAGGUUACACCUUGAAACGAAAUUGAACGCUGAAUAUACAUUGAUGUUAGCAGAGCAGAGCGGUUGGGAUUAUGAUACCGCAAUUAAAGGCUUUCAAAGCAGUGUCAAUAAUCUACCAAGAAAUGCGUUUUUAUAA